AUGUUGUCGUCCGCUGCCGAGGUCGAAGACGCCAAGACCGCGGAGCGCCUGUGCUCAGCCUCGGCGAUUUUUCUCGCCCUGUACGACGACGACGAGCCCGCGGCUGAGGCAGAAGACGCGCAACCACGGGCGACGACGACGGGCGCCGACGGCCGCGGCGGCGGGACUUGCAGGCUCGGGGACUUGCUUCGACAGUGCAACACCGGCGUGAAGGGCUUCAUGGAACACCUCACACUGGUAGCGGGUCGCCUGCCAGGGCCCCUGUCAGCACGCCUGGACGGAGACCUGAGGGUGAUGAAGGAGGGCAUCGUCGUUACCAAAAUGCUCUACGGGAAGUACCGGCAAAUCUGGAACGAACGAGAUUCGCUAUUCCCACCGGCGAUUUUCGGGCCGAGUUCCGCCGCCUUCGGCAACGACGGCGACAGCAACAACAUGACCAACGGGGUGCUGCCGUCGCAGGCUGCAGAAAACAACAAGGGUGGCGGCGCCGGCGCCGACGACACCAGCGACGACCACGACAUCAAUAGUGCUGCCGUCGCCGCAGCGGGGUUUCCGCUGCCGCUGCCGCCGUCCGACCCGCAGGCGCUGCCCCGCCUGGGGUGGUACCUGUACCUGCUGACCAAGGACGUGCUCGGGUUUCGCAGCUCCAACGCGGCGUUCGUGCGCUGCCUCAACCUCGUCCUCGCGGCGCUCGGCGCCGUGGUGUGGAACUCCUCUUCUUCUUCUUCUUCUUCUUCUUCUUCUUCUUCUUCUUCUUCCUCCUCGUCUCCUCGAGGCUGCUACUCGCGGCGGCGUUCGUCUCUCCUUGCCGACGGCAGCGGCGCAAGCGGGGGGCUGGAGGGCGGGAGGGAAGGGGCUAGUGCUCCUGCCGCUGAUUCUGAACCAGCAACGGCGGUGGCGGCUCCGCGGGCGGGAAGUGAAGGGGGGGAGGCCGUCGAGAGCGAAACGGCGGCGACCGGCGGCGGCGGCGGCGGUGGCGGUGGCGGAGAUGGCGGGGGGGGCACGUACGGCGGUGAGGCGGCGCUACUUGCCAAGCUGAGCGCCAGCGGCAGGUGCCCGGCGAAGGAGGUGCGGGCGAUGAGCGCGCACGUGGUGGAGGUGAUCGAGGCGCUGCUCCAGGAGGGCAUCGUCGUGUCUCACCAACAGCUGGCCAGCCGGGCGGAGCGAGUUGCCGGAGUGUUUCACCCCUCUGUCGCCGGGGAGAACGUGGACAGGCUCGACGCGUGCUACUGGGCGCGGGUGUCGCAGCGGGGGGGGGGCGGGGGCGGGGGCCACAGGGGCGUUGUAUUGGACGAGGCAUUUGUGCUCACGCCAGACCUGAGAGAUACCGUUGGAACUCCCCGCUACGGAGGGUCUACCCCUCGCAGGUCUGCUCUGACGCCCAGCGUUUCUCGCACAAGCCGCCAGCUCUUCCAAGACUACCAGAGGGUCUCGACCGCCGCUGCCGUCGAACCCCAGGAGCGAGGGGAGGGUGAGGCCCAGCAUUGCCUCGCCCUGUCCUUCGGGCCCCCUGAGGACAGCAACGGGCCCUCCGCUAGCUCGGCGGCAGCAGCGGCAGCGGCGGCGGCGGCGGCGGCGGCGGCGGCGGCGGCGGCAGCGGCCGCGGGUAGCUUUCCGGAGUCGAUCUUGCCGCCGGGGGGCCGACAGACCGUGAGGUGGAUCGCCGGUCUAGACGCCGGGAUCAGCGGGCCUCCGGACUCGCUGCUGGACAAGCUAAAGAAGUGCGCGACGGUGUCGCCGAGCCAGCUCCAGCAGCGGUUGGCCGGCCUCAUGGCCAAGCUAGACGGGCCGGCGGCGCAGCAGCAGAACGCCGUGAGCAGCCUCACGUCGUCAUUUCGAGCAGCGACGAGCUCGCUGGACGCCAGGGGCUCGGAUCUGGAGGCCGGUGUUGUGGGGGAUGCGAAGAAGAAGGCCGAGGCUCUCUACUACUCCACGCUCGAGGUGUUGCUGGACGCAGAGACGGAGAGGUUGAGCUCCGAGGAUCACAGCCGCCUCCUCGAGCAGGAAACCUUGCACAAGGCUCUCCUCGCUUGCUGCCUCGAGGCGGUGCUGAAGGCGAGCUCCCUGCUGAGCCUGACUUUCCCGUGGGUGCUCCGGAGGAUGGAUAUCGACGCGCUCGACCUGUGCAAGGUGCUCGAGAGCUUCGCGCGCUUCUGUCCGGGCCUCCCGAUGAACCUUAAGUACCACCUGUUCGAGGUACAGACGGAGAUCGUGGAGAGACUGGCCCUUGAGGCCGGGGCGGGAGUGUUCAGGCUCAUCGAAGAGCACGAGGCCGCAGGGGAGUGGCCCGUGACCCCCCUCCGAGAGACGGACGUCGCCCCGCCUACCGGCUCGCACAUGGCCGGCCUCCCGUGCUCUCCCCAGAAAGUAGAUUGCCAACCGCAGGCAAAUGCGGGAAAGCCUGCCUCCUCUCUCGACGAACCCGAAGCGGACGGGGAAGCGGCGGCGGCGGCAGCAGCGGCAACGGUAGAAAGGGGGGAAGGAGCAGAGGUGAACGGUAGCGGCGAUGAUGCCGUGCCGGCUGGACAGGCCGCCACCGGGACGGCAGUGGUGGCGGCCGCGGCGGCGGGGGCGGCGAGAGCACGGGCGUCGACCCUCGACCUCUUCUUCAGGAGGCUGAUGAAGCGGGCGGCGGAGGUGGUGGCGGAGCUGUGCUUACGGAGGUUGCAUCUCCCGGGGGACACGGCAGAUCAGGUGUGGACGGUUAUCAAGCGGUGCGUGGCGCAGAGGACGGAGAUUCUCAAGGACCGACACCUCCAUCACGUCAUCCUUUGCAGCACGUACAGCGUGUGCAAGGUGAACGGGGUUACCCCGGAGGUGACCUUCAAGCGCAUCAUCGAACAGUACAAGCAGCUGGCGGGGGCCGGCGGGGGCGGCCUCAGCGGAGGCGUGGGCACACCCCGCCUGAGCGUGGUGAAGGACAUCCUUCUCAAGAGAGGGCACGACGAGGAGGCGGGGGGCGAGGGUGCGGGAGAGCCCCAGCAGGAGGAAAGGGGUGACAUCAUCAAGUUUUACAACAAGGUGUACAUUCCGGCGAUGAAGCAGUUUGUGCUGGAGUUUAAGAACCUUGCCGGGCAGCAGCAGGGCGUGGCCAGCAUCACGACCGCACAUGCCGUGCGGGUCGCGACCCAGCAAGGCAAGGGCGCGCUUAUAUUUUACCGUUCUGCAGCUCUUGCUCUUGACAACGUGUGCCCAAAGGAGGAGGAGGAGGGCGACAAUCGUCACUUGAAGGACGGUGACGACAACAGCGUUAACGACGGCGACGGCGGCGGUGAGAGGAAAAGCCGACGCGGAGGAGGAGGAGGGGGAGGGAAGCAACCGGUCUCCUCCUCGGCAAGAGAAGAUCAAGCAGCGGGAGGAGGAGGAGGAGGAGGAGGGGGAGCGGGUGGGAACGGCAGCGAGGACGACGUCGUCGCCGCCGGGGCGGCCCUCUCGGCCCUUAGCACGGCCCCCCACCCGCACAAGCCGCUCGUGUCCCACCUCCCGAGCCAGAAGAUGACGGACUCCAAACGCGUCCAGGACAACGUUAACGUCUUCCUCACCACCGUGUCCUCUCCCGCUAGGAGACCGUCCCCGCCCCGCGCCGCCGGUGCCACGGCUUCGCCCUCGUCGUCGCGCGUCGCCGACGGCGGCGGGGUGCGAGGGGGCGGGGGUCGCGGCGGCGGCAGGAGAGCGUCUGCUGGCGGUGGAGGGGCACAGGGGGGCGGCGGUGGGGGGGGGGGGGGAGUAGGCGUGUAUGCCUUCGGCGAAAGCGCAUCCAAGGACCUCCAAAUGAUCAACAGAGCUGUGCGUGCCUCGGCUGCCGAUGGCGGAGGAGGUUCGCCGCACCCGCCAAGAGCCAAAAGGGCCAAGGCCUCGUCGUCGUCGUCCUCGAGCCGAUCGCGACCACCCCGAUGA